CACCAACUCACCGCCGUCCUCAUCCACUCGCUCCUUUCUUCCUCUCCAAUCCACCGCCGCCGCCACCCUAGCCUAGCCCUCCCACCACCACCACCGCUCUCCCUCUCUCCCGCCAUGGCCUACCGCGGAGGCGGAGGCCGGGGAGGCCGCGGCGACCAGCAGUACGGCGGAGGCCGGGGCGGUGCGCCGGCUGGAGGAGGGCGCGGGGGCGGCCGCGGCCCCACGGGCUUCGUAUGGCCGCCUCCGGGCGCUCCGUCGGCGCCGCGUCCCGCCGCGCCGGCGCAGUACGCGCCGGCCGUCGCUAUCUACCACAACCCCAACGCCACGGGGCCGCACCAGGGCGCCUACCAGCACGGCGUCGUCGUCCGCAACCCCGCCCCGGCACCCUACGUCACCGUCCGCGCGCCUUCGCCCCCGGUCACCAUCCGCGCGCCCUCGCCCACGCCGGCUACCAUCCGCGCUCCUGCUCCGACGCCCUCGCCGGCCGCGGCCCCGUUCCAGCCGGCCCGCGUCUCCGCCCCCGCUCCCGCUCCGCCGACCCCCGCGUCCGUCGCCAAGGAGCUCGAGCAGAAGCUCUUCGUCACGGAGACCGCGCUGGCGCCGCCCGCCGCGGCGGCCGCGGCGGCGAUCGCGGCGACGCAGCCCGAGGAGGAGAAGGCCCCCGACGUGGACCUCGCGCCGGUGUCCAAGAAGGGGCUCGCCCACCCGGCGCGGCCCGGCGCCGGCACCGUGGGCAAGAAGGUGAUGAUCCGCGCCAACCACUUCCUCGUCAACGUCGCCGACAACAACCUCUUCCACUACGAUGUCUCCAUUAACCCGGAGUCAAAAUCAAGGGCUGUGAACAGGGAGGUACUCAGUGAGCUAAUCAAGUUGCACGGCAAGACAUCCCUUGGGGGCAAAUUGCCUGCCUACGAUGGAAGAAAGAGUCUUUACACUGCAGGCUCACUCCCUUUUGAGUCUGAGGAGUUUUCUGUUACACUGGUUGAUCCCGAAAAGAAAGACAAAGAAAAGGCUGAAAGGGAGUACAAGAUCACCAUUCGGAUUGCUGGGAGGACAGACCUGUACCACCUCCAGCAGUUCCUCAAAGGAAGACAGAGGGAUAUGCCUCAAGAAACCAUCCAAGUUCUUGAUGUUGUCCUCAGGGAGUCACCAUCCUGGAACUAUGUCACAGUGUCCAGAUCCUUCUUCUCCACCACCUUUGGUCACAGAGGAGACAUUGGUGAAGGAUUAGAGUGCUGGAGAGGUUACUACCAGAGCUUACGUCCAACCCAGAUGGGGCUGUCACUCAAUAUAGACAUAUCUGCGACAUCCUUCUUCAAGCCUGUGACAGUGGUCCAGUUUGUGCUAGAGUUCCUCAACUUACGUGAUGCCUCGCGGCCUCUGACAGACAGGGACCGUGUUAAGAUAAAGAAAGCACUCCGUGGGGUGCGUGUCGAAACAAACCACCAGGAAGACCAAAUCCGAAGAUACAAGAUAACAGGGAUUACUCCUGUUCCCAUGAGCCAGCUCAUAUUUCCUGUUGAUGAGAGAGGAACAAGAAUGUCAGUUGUUCAGUACUUCAUGCAAAGAUACAAAUACAAUCUGCAGUAUACUUCUUGGCCCUGCUUGCAGUCUGGAAGUGAUGCUCGGCCUGUGUAUCUGCCUAUGGAGGCGUGCAAGAUUGUUGAAGGGCAAAGGUACUCUAAGAAAUUGAAUGACAAGCAGGUCACCAACAUACUUAGAGCUACCUGUCAACGUCCCCAGCAGAGGGAGCAAAGCAUUCGUGAGAUGGUUCUGCACAACAAGUAUGCUGAGGACAAGUUUGCUCAGGAGUUCGGGAUCAAUGUCUGCAGUGACCUUGUCUCUGUUCCAGCCCGUGUGCUGCCUCCCCCCAUGUUGAGAUAUCAUGAUUCUGGAAAGGAGAAAACUUGUGCGCCAAGUGUUGGACAGUGGAACAUGAUUAACAAGAAAAUGAUCAAUGGAGGAAUCAUAGACAACUGGGCCUGUGUGAGUUUUUCACGCAUGCGUCCUGAGGAGGUAUACAGGUUCUGUUGUGAUCUGAUUCAGAUGUGCAAUAUGACUGGAAUGUCUGUCAAUCCAAGGCCACUUGUAGACAACCGAUCAGCUAGCCCCAACCACAUCGAGAAUGCCUUGAGGGAUGUAUACAGGAGGACCACCGAAAUGCUUGGAAAACAGGGAAGCGAAAAACAGCUACAACUGUUAAUUGUAAUCCUACCUGAAGUCAGUGGUUCUUAUGGGAAAAUCAAGAAGGUUUGUGAGACUGACCUUGGGAUCGUGUCUCAGUGUUGCCUGCCAAGGCAUGCUUCCAGACCGAACAAGCAAUAUUUGGAGAAUGUUGCACUCAAAAUCAAUGUGAAGGUCGGAGGACGCAACACAGUUCUGGAGAGAGCUUUUGUGCGAAAUGGCAUACCGUUUGUGUCCGAAGUCCCAACAAUCAUCUUUGGUGCUGAUGUUACACACCCCCCACCUGGAGAGGACUCUGCAUCAUCAAUUGCUGCGGUGGUGGCAUCAAUGGACUGGCCAGAGAUCACCAAGUACAGAGGUCUUGUCUCUGCCCAACCACACAGGCAGGAGAUAAUCGAAGACCUCUUCAGUGUCACCAAAGAUCCGCAGAGGGGUAAUGUCAAUGGUGGCAUGAUCAGGGAGUUGCUGAUUGCCUUCCGCAGGAAGACAGGCCUUAGGCCUGAGAGGAUACUCUUCUACAGGGAUGGCGUAAGUGAAGGCCAAUUCAGCCAUGUUCUGCUUCAUGAAAUGGACGCAAUCAGGAAGGCCUGCGCCUCGUUAGAGGAGGGGUAUAUGCCCCCAGUCACCUUUGUGGUUGUCCAGAAAAGGCAUCACACCAGGCUAUUCCCUGAGGUUCAUGGGAGGCGUGAUAUGACCGACAAGAGUGGGAACAUACUUCCAGGAACUGUGGUUGACCUCAUGAUUUGCCACCCUACGGAGUUUGAUUUCUACUUGUGCAGCCAUGCUGGCAUUCAGGGAACUAGCAGGCCAACACACUACCAUGUUCUUUAUGAUGAGAAUCACUUCACAGCCGAUGCGCUUCAGUCACUGACCAACAAUCUCUGCUACACCUAUGCUCGUUGCACUCGUGCGGUCUCUGUUGUCCCACCGGCCUACUACGCCCAUCUUGCCGCAUUCCGUGCGCGCUACUACGUGGAAGGGGACAGCUCGGACGGCGGAUCGACCCCCGGAAGCAGCGGUCAGGCGGCGAUUGCGCGUGAGGGCCCUGUGGAGGUGCGCCAGCUCCCAAAGAUCAAGGACAACGUCAAGGACGUCAUGUUCUACUGCUGAGCUCCUGUGGAGCCCUGCCCUACCCUACCCUACCCUGAGUUGUGUGUGAGAGAAGCCUGAGAUGGCGAUUACCCUGUUUUGCCGUGGAGCCUGUUGCUCGUAGUUAUCUUGUUCAGUUCGUAGUAGCCAGGAGGAUAUCUAUGACUGUAUUUGUUACCUUCAACUCUACUUGAGACCUAUCCUAUGCAAGUGGUUUAAGUUAACAAGUGGUUUUGCUAGUUGCCA